AAGCGCGAAAGGGGAUACAAACCGGAUGCUUAUCAAGCAUUGAGUUUUCCCUGGCACGAGCUGCGUGUCUUGUACAUGGAAUACAAUCGUACAACUUCAUUAUUCUCCUAAACGCAAAUUUCGGUGCUCCAUCUAUGUCCAGCUGACAAACGCUUGUCAUGAGAAUUGUCGUCAGAUUUGUAGGGCAGCAUCAAUAUUUGAAGGCGGAUGAAGAGGAAUCACACGUAAUAACCGACACUCUUGCUACAACGUUAGCUAACAAUCUGGGCAGCUAGGAAGCCUGUAACGUUAAUAUGUUGUUGGAAGUUUUGCAAGGAACAGAAGCGGGGGGAUUCAUUUUGAUACAAGAUUCUGUGAAUUACUGUGGUCGACACCUCCUGAAAAGCUGCAUCAAUACAGCACUUAAACGGGAAGAAGUGGUCCAUGUAUUGGGGUUUGAAGUUAGUCAAGAGGAACUCAAUGAUGGACUCGACAGAACAUCUGCACAGAGGCUGCACUUUCACAAUGCCUACUCUGACCCUCUCGGCUGGACCGGUAAUUCACCGUUUACGGUCCACCAGUUUACCCUAGAGGACAUCAGCACUCUUCUCAAACAAACACCUCAGGCCAAAGCAGUGACACUUGUCAUUGACUCUCUGUCAUGGAUUUUGAGGCAUCACGACCCUGCUGCUAUCUGCCAGAAACUUCAGGCUCUCAAAAAAGGUGGAGUUGUGAGAGCUGUAAUUGGUCUGCUGCACUCAGACCUGCAUCAGCGAGGCACUGUGGGAAGCAUAUGCCACUUGGCUACCUCAGUCAUCACUGUGGCCCCAGGGACCAGAGGACUAGGGGCCUUCGCCAAAAUAACAAGACGCACCAAGUCGGGCAAGCUUAUGCAAGAUGAGGAGAUAUUCAGCAUCAAUGAGGACCUGACAGUUACAAUACAGAGCAAACGCAGUCAUCCUGGAAGCACACCGAUGAAUACAGACGAAUCUGAGGUGGAUCCGACAGCCAACCUGACCUUUAACCUGCGCCUGUCUGAUACACAGAGAGAGGCCAAAGAAAAACUGCCGCUUCCCUUCGUCUUCAGUAAAGAGAAGAAGUCAGCACUUCUGCACCCGGGCACCGGUUCAGGACGGAUCCUUUACGAGCCUGAUGCCAAUGAUGAUUAUGACCAGGAGGAUCCUGAUGACGACCUUGAUGUCUAGAGGACAGGCUACUAGCCAUGUAGAGCACAGCUCCUUGCAGUUAAUGCCACUUUUGGACAUGUCUAGUCAGACCCAACACAUUAGCCACAUGAACUCACAUAGACUUAUGAAUAAUGAUAAAAUAGUUCCUGUAGUUUGUUGCUACUUUUAGGUCUUUAAAGGAGCAACUGAGUUAUUGUGAUGGCCCUCAACGAUGCAAGUGUAUACCAACUUAAUAAUGGUCAAUAAAAGCUUGGCCCUGGUCUACUCUUAAAAACAAUCAACAUCACUGGCAUGGAAUAGUCAGCAAUUAAUAUACAUGAAUACAACUUGAAUAGCUUGGCUGGACUUCUACGUCAUCAUCAAUGAUGACAAUAUUAAACAACACAAUGCUUAUUGGAGUGGCAGGUAGCCUAGUGGUUAGAGCGUUGGGCCAGUAAUGCAAAGGUUGCUGGAUUGAAUCCCCGAGCUGCCAAAGUAAACAUUUAUCGUUCUGCCCCUGAACAAGGCAGUUA